CGACUGACAGAAUACAGAAUUGACAGCUGAUAUUUUUAAAAUCACGAACAAGAAUAACUUGUGAUAACGGCUAAAAUGAAAAAUGAAUCAAAAAACUAAUUUGUAAUAGUAGAAUAAGAAAUACAUUAUCCGGUUUCUUGUGCAAAUACAACAAUAUGAAUACUAACCUCACUACCACAUCGGCUUUUACUUAUAAGGACCUGCUUCUUAGAAAAUUAUACUAUUCGGUAGUGUCUAGUGUUCUUUCACAAUUAGUUUUACUGCAGAUAUAUGUGUUUUUAUCGAACUUUAAUCUUCUGCAUCCAAUAGAUUGGGUUUUAGUGACAUUAAGAACUUUUGCAUCUCUGAGCGUAUGGUUAUUUAUUAUACCAUUUUUAACGGUCAUAUUUGCUCAAAGUGUAAUUUGUGCCAAAGACUAUGUGUUUAAAUCUAGUUAUUGUUCAACACGCUUUCAAAAGUUUAUAUCUGCAUUUUCCAUGCACAAUUUAGUUCUGUUACUGUUACAUGUACUUGUAGGGCCAAUGUUGAUUUGGCUGUUUCUUUCACUCGGGGGAGGUGAUUUUCAAGAGCUGACACUACGUUCAGUCAGAGGAAACGCAUAUGUUUUGAAUGAAGGAACAUUCUACUUGAUAUUAAGUGGAUUUUGGACUGGGUUUUAUUAUUUCAUCAAAGUGUAUAUAUCUGAAAAACAUCUUUCAUUUCCAGUGAUUCAACAACGCAAGUGGUUACAACUCAAAGCAAAUCUGUUUCCAUUACUUAAAGAUAGUUUUAUUUUAUCAAUUUGGCCUACAAUUUACUUUAUUGUAAUUUAUUUUGUGUGGGGUAAAGAUUUAAGUACUAACUUUCGAAACAUGUUGGGAUUACUGCCAGAUGAUAAAACCUAUGGGGUUUUUAUUAAUAUUUACCUGUGGAGUUUUGGUGCUCUCUAUUAUUUCAAUAUGAAUCUUAUGAAGUUCUUUUUUAAUGUAUUUUUGACAGAACCAGUGGAAUUUCCUUUAUGCAAGCUAUCACCAGAUUUAUUAAACCUUCAAGAAAGUAUUACAAUGUCAGACUUGCCAAUAGUUCAAAAUUUAGCUUGUCUGGAUUUGUAUAAUCUUGCUCAAUGGUCAAAACCAAGAAGGCAGCUGUUUUAUUGUCUAUCACAACCUGGAGGUCAUCCUCAUAAUUGGAAUGCUUUGGUUGAAAAUGUUUUAAAAGUAUUUAAAGAAUAUAUAGAGCUUCUGAAUAAAUCUACAGAGACAGCAGAAAAAAUUGUUAAACCUGUUGUAUGUCCACCUCUACAGAGUCCUAUACAGUCGCCCAAUAAGUUUAGAAAUUUCAGAAAUAUGUCUCUAAUGUCUGAUAGUGGUAUGGUUGACAUUGUUGAUGUAACCCAUUCAACCUUACCAGGUAUCAGUUUACCAGAUACAAUAUUUACUAAAAUCAAACAAAACAUAUUUAAUUUCAUAUCAUUAACAAAAGUGAUUUUGGGUAUAGAUUUUUUAUUUGGCGAACUUCCAGAGGCUAAUAUUCAGAAAUGUUUAGCAAAUGGGCUUAUCAUUGUUUGGACCAGUCAAGGAAUUACGGAUCUGGUAUGUACAGCAAUUUCAGAAGAUACAUUUGGCAUCAUUCAAAAAGACAUACCAGUAUUGAUUACCACUUUAGUACAACUGAAACAAAAUUUGGAUAACUUAAAUAAAGUGCCUGCUUUGACCAGGAAAAUAGCUGGUUAUGAUGAUUUUAACUGCAGAAUGAAAGGAGCAGUUACAACCGCCGUUAAAAGAAGUUUAUUUAAUGUACACAGAACUUAUAAUAAUUAUUUGAAUGACUUUCCAUUAAGUAAAGAGGUUUCUCUGUAUUUACAAAACAUUUAUAAAAGUUGAUGUGAAUUGAUAUAAAUGAAAGUAAUGUGUAAAUUUUCUAUGAAUGAUAAAAUGUGAACUGAAAAAUAAAAAUUUUGAUUUUGUAUUCACUUUUUUAUGUGUACGACCUGUGAAUAAAAUUUAGUAUUUUCC